UUUUUGAUACAGGAAUUCCAAAAGAACUACACAGCUUUUGUAAGAGACAUGGGACAUGCUUUGAGAACAAAUUUUAAAAUAAAAACAGACAGCAAAGGAAACCCAAUGAUUUACCUAUGGCGAUCAGAAGAUAGAACAUCUGUUGGGACUGAAGUUACUGUGGAGAUUGACAACCGACGAUGCGCCAAGACUGCCUACAGUGAAUGUUUUCAGUCAGUAAAUCAGGCUGCCAAGUUCCUGACUGCCUCCUUAUCACAAAAAGCUUUAGACACAAGUUUCCCAAUCAAAGAUAUAAGAAGUUCAACAGAAAAUGAAUCCACAGAUACUGCUGCAAACAUUUAUCCUAACAUGACCUAUGUGGUCAUUGGUGUGAUUGUCAUCAUCUUGUUAGGUCUGUUCAUUGGAGUACUUGUGGCUCAGCGAAAGCAUGCCAAGGGUAUAACUUGGUUUCCUGAAGGAUUUUUGAAAACAAGUUCAGGACAACAUCGUCAGUCCCGGAGAAGGGGACCUGAUGGACAGGAAAUGAGGAACUUGCAUAAACAGACAUCUGUCCAGAGAGUAGAUGUUGAUACUAAUGACAACAGUACAGUGUCUCCAGGCACUUCAGGUUGGAGUGACGAUGACAUGGGAGACCACCCUCCCAUGAAACGAAUGAGAAGUUCACGUACACCUGACCCAACUCAUGGUGAUACAAACACUGCCACAGAAUUCGACAGCACUGACCCUCGACAGUGGACAAAACAACAUCUGGAUGCAGCUGAUGUGAGAAAUCCCAAUGUUCAUGCACAAACACCACCUCAAGCAGAAGAACUAGAACCAGGGAAUGUAAAUGUUCGUGGGCCAGGUGGUCUUACACCUCUAAUGUUGGCAUCAUUUCGUGGUGGUGUUCAAGAUUCUGUGGAUGAUGUAGAAGAAGAUGAGAGUUCAGUUAACAUGAUCCAGGAUUUGCUUUCACAAGGAGCCAAGAUCAACAUGAUCACUGAUUGUACAGGUGAAACAUCACUCCAUUUAGCAGCCAGGUAUGCCCGAGCUGAUGCAGCCAAAAGACUUUUAGAUGCUGGUAAUGAUGCCAAUGUUCAAGACAACACUGGACGAGCCCCAUUACAUGCCGCAAUAGCUGCCGAUGCUCAAGGUGUAUUUCAGAUACUGCUGAGGAACAGAGCAACAAAUUUGAACUGCCGAAUGUAUGACGGAACAACACCACUCAUUUUAGCAGCUAGGUUAGCCAUAGAAGGAAUGGUUGAAGACUUAGUCAGUGCUGAUGCUGACAUCAAUGCUGCUGAUGAUCUUGGUAAAACUGCACUACACUGGGCUGCAGCUGUUAACAAUGUUGAUGCAGUUCGUGUAUUACUGAUUCAUGGAGCCAACAGGGAUGCUCAAGACAACAAGGAAGAAACCCCUUUGUUUCUGGCUGCACGUGAGGGGGCUUACCAGGCAGCUCAAAUUCUCCUAGAACAUUUUGCUAACCGAGAAAUUACAGACCACAUGGAUCGUCUUCCCAGGGAUGUUGCUGUAGAACGCAUGCACAAUGAUAUAGUGAAGCUUCUUGAUGACUUUGUUCCUCAGAGUCCUCAUAUGUCACACAUGUUAGUAGGAAGGAGUGUUGAUGCAAGUUCUCCUACAAUGAUUUCACCCCCAACUGCUGUUGCAUCUACAAGAUCUAACAAGAGUAAGAAGAGACUAAAGGCUAACAAUAUGGUGGGAAUGGCUUCCUUGAUGGAUAGUACUAACAUCUCUUCUAACAACGACGGGGGGAUCAGGAGAAAGUCAUCUGUAAAGAAACGCAAGGAACCUCCUCCACCAGCAAUGCCAGGGAUGGAUGGAACAGUAACAAUGUCCCCAGUAAACUCUCUAGAGUCUCCUCACACAACAGGUUGUAUGGAUGGCACCCCAUCUCCUCAUGACACAAAUAUCUACAGUGGACACACCAUUGCACUGCCACACUCAAAUCUAGCAGGACUGGAUAGUACUUGUAAUAUUCCAAACAAACAACCUCCACUCUACAGUGACUUUAUAAAUAACAGUUCCCAGUUAUAUGGACUUGUUGGAGGCAUGGAUCAGAAUGGACAAACAUAUGUGAAUAGAGGCAUGUAUCCUUAUUUGCAAACUAACAGUCAGACUGUAAAACCACAGCAUCCUAGACAGAGUUCUGUGCCAAGCAGUGUCACUGCACCUUUGUCCUACACUGUGUCUUCCCCUAUCAAACAACGCCCCUCAUUACCAACGUCACCAACACACAUGGCUGCAAUGAGAGCAGCCCAUCAUCAGAAAGCUGCACAAAUUCAGUCACAACAACAGAGUGCUAACAAUAUCUAUGACAAUUCCACUAUUACUGAACUCCAGCAAAUGUUAGGGCAGCAACCUCUUAUGUCUGGCUCUCCCCAAGUGCCUUAUCAGCAUACAUUUCAGUAUCCUACUCCUCCUUCACAACAUAGCCAGCACAGCUCGGAAGCUACUCCACAGCAUUACUUGCUUCCCCCCGAAACUUACCUAACUCCUUCACCAGAAUCUCCUGGUCAGUGGUCAAGUUCAUCCCCAUAUUCUGCUCAGAGUGAUUGGUCAGAAGGCAUUUCAAGCCCAACUGGACCAAUUAACUUACAGCAUUUAGCAGGUGUGGAGCAACAUCAGUCACAGCAGAGUACACAUAACCAGCAGGAAGCUGUAUUUAUCUAGUGGAACAAUUAAGGAAAAUAAUGUUUAUGCGGGCAGAUGUUUAGUAUAUAGUGAAAUUGUGGCCAUAAAACAGUGAUCUGUGGACUGAUUAAAAUUUGAAAGUGCCAGGCUUAUAAGUUUUGGGCAUAAGUCAGUCCAAAAUAGAAUUAUUAAAGACAUUGUGACAAAAAAAAAAAAAGACUUGUAUAAUUAUUUAUAUUAGUUACUUUUGAACUUCAUUUUUACUACAGUGAUGAUAUCCUAUCUGUUUCACAUUAUAAGCAAUUAUUGUUUCCUGUAAUUAGUAAUUGUAUGGACGUUUAAACAAAUGUAGAAUGCCAAGAGACCAAGUAAGUAGAGUUUUUACAAAUAGUAAAUCUUAUUUGAAUGCUAAGGACAUGUAAUAACUCUUCCAUCAAUCAUUUUAGAAAAUUUGUUUUACAUUCCUCUAAUAUUUUUUUAAACUUGCAAUUACAAGGAAGACAUCAAUGCCAUUGAUAGUAUUGUUGCUACCAAAACAAACGUCAGAAAGCUAUGUGCUUUGACCUUCAGUAUUUGUACAAUUAGCAUAGUCAUUGCUUUAUGCCUUUUAGAGACAGAUUUGUUUUAAAUUUUAUCCAGAAAUGCAAAUAAUUUGAUUUCUGUUUACUUUUUUCAUGCAGAUGGAGAUAAAAUGAAAUCAACGUACCAGUUUUAAAUUCAUGUAUUAUAGUGAACUCUUUAACUACAAGAUUCAAAUAAUUUUAAAAUUUAUUUAAUUUUUGUUACUUAAUCAUUUUUUUAGAUAAUAAAAUCAUGCCAAUUAGAAUAAUUUUAACUAGCAUUUUUCAAAUAGGAGACAGACAUAAGAACUUUUGGUUUGGUAAUAAUCUGUUAUUUUCUUUCAUUAUUUCUUAAAAAAUGUGUAGCGAAUAAUGUAAAAUUGAUUUUUUGUUAGAAUUCUCAGUUUUACCAGUGGGCCUUACUACUAGAUAAGUAUAAGUGCAAUCAAUUAUCAAUACAAGGUGCUUGUGAUAUAUGUGUUGUAGAAAAGAUAACGUGUCUUAUCACAACAAAUGUUUUAUAUUACAGUAAGAAGUAUCUUCUCAGCAACUUUCUAAAUGAUGUCGUACAAGAAACAUUCGAUUUAGAAAUAUAAAAUGGCAAUAGGAAAUGGUGGUGGAAAUAUUUUAUAGAUCACAAUGCAUAUGUAUAAACACGUAUCAGAUGAUUAGAUCUUGUUCAUGUUUAAUGACUUUGAAUUCAAAUUGAUCUUUUGUUUCUUUUCAAUAGCAUCUCAAAUAUAGAUCAUAAGUAUUUAUCUUAUAAUUGUACGCUUCUUAAUUUAAUUUAGAGAAAUUCUGAUUAUAUACUUCCCCUGUACUCAUUGGUAUGAGUCAUUUCUUAUCAAAAAUAAUUUACCUUUCAUUACACUUGAUCUCAAACAAAAAGUAAAAGUAGUAAUUUAUUCUAACAGGAGAAUCAGAUUAAAAUUUUACUACAAAUGAUUAGUUGUGAACUUUAUAACAAAUGAGUUUCAAAGUAUGAUGAGGUUGAAAUUCUUCAGUCAGUAUUGCAAUAUGGAAUUGAGUUUGAAGAUUUGAUGUGCCAAUGGUCUGAGAAAAUUAUUAAAACUCAGAAGACGGUUUAGGCCUAAGUGCAAAAGCAGUUUUCUAGAGCAGGAACAGGGCAAUAAAAUUCUUAAGCUAAAAAAAGCCAUUCAUACUUCAGAAUCACUAAAAAUAUCCCCUUGAAUUAAUAAAUAUCUAUACUUAGCAUUAUAAUAAAAGCACCUUCCCAAAUACUAUAUUAUUACUAGGCAAGGCUGUUCAAACAAUAAAAUAAUCAUUUUUCAAAGCGUUCACGAUCAAUCUUUACUUGAAUUCAGAAAUACAUAAUUUCAACAUUGGUAUAUUCAAGCUACUUCAUUAAUUUUGGUCAAAAACUUAAAUCAUAAAAUAUUAGAGGUUUACGUUCUUGAUCUCUAUUUGUACAGUAAUUUUGCAUUAGAGCUGUAGCUUGUUUAACAAAUAUUGUAAAACUUGUAAACAUAGCAUAAAAUGUGCAGUAUAUUCUAGUGGACACUAACUUCAGUUAUUUUAAAAUGCCAGUGUAGUAUUUUCCUGCUGCAUGUUUAAAAACCAUUCCUAUGGUACUUCUCUAUCCAGUUAGAUGAAGAAUAUAUAUUUUUUAAUUAUUGGGUGGAAUCCCUUUGCCCUUUUGUUACUUCUGUGUGAAUCACUUGUUAAUCUAUAUAAAGCUGUAUAAAAAAGUUCAUAAAUUAUUCCAGGGUAUGGUUUUUAUAAGAAGAAACAAACACCAUUUUUGUACAAGGUUUUUCAGGAUCAAACUUUUUUUUAUACACAAAUAAAGAUACUUUGUUUGA